AACAUUACGGGCAAGAAUCGGUGUAUGGCAGACAAAUAGAACUUCAGUCAGAAAUGAGGAUACAUUUUAGUAUUUGCAUUUGGCGCUAGCCGUUUGAGAAUGAUUUAGUUGCGACAAAAUUCAUCGAUCAUAUUGAUGUAUACUUUUGAAGUGUGAAGUAUGAGUCAUUCCACAUCAAUUGUGCCGUUAGUACUGUGGGGCAAAAGUCACCCUUCUCAUCUCGUAUCAGUGAUCACUUGCACAUAUGACCAAAAAACAGUGGUAACUGGAACAUCUGAUGGGCAAAUUGGCUUGUGGGAUCUAAGACACACGCAAGAUGCUGGUCUUCGGAUAAUACCACGGAAUCUUAUUUUUGCACAUGGCUGUGCUGUUGUGGAUAUUGCCUGUGCCCUUGAUGCUAGCUUUGACAAACCAAAUAUCAUCAGUCUUGCAAGUGAUGGGGAAAUUUGUUUGUGGGAUAUUGAAGAUGGCCUUUGUAUUCACACCAAUAACAUUCCUGGAACUCAUAAAAAGCUACAGUCUGUACAAGUGAAUAAAGGGUCAAUGCGGGAAUGGAGAGUGUUGCUGUAUGGACUGUACUGUGAGAUUUAUGUUCUUGACACAGCAAACCUUGAGAUUCUUUACACUUUGAAAUCAAGAUUGAAUCCAGACUGGAUAAGCUGUCUUUGUACUAUACGUAAUGCAAGGCAACAAGAGGAAAAGCUUAUUGCAUUGACUGCUUCAAAUGUUUUAAAAGUAUGGAAAUUAAAAGCAAGUUAUGAAAAAAGGCGGCCUGAGGUCGUGUUCGAACAGGAGUCGAAAACCCUGGACUGCAAUGGUGCCAAGGCGAUGUGUUGUAACCCGUUUACACAACGGACGACGUUGGUUAUCAGUGCAAAAGCGUGGCAGGUGUUUGAUGCAAGUGAUUUCACCUUUAUCGCAUUAAUACCGUCUCCGUACAAGCAAACAUUGAUGGGUGGAGAUUUUGUUGCUGCUAAUCGGGUGAUUGUUUGGGACAAGUCCGGCAGAGCUUACUUGUACCGACUACCAUCAAAAUAUCUCCUUGGUGCAGAAGGCAUUGAGCAAUCAUCCACGGACAAAUCAUCUCGAGCACCAGUCCUUAUUUGUCUCUUCGAUAUUAACGGCCUCAAAGUUAAUUUUGGGUCUCCCAUGCACUUUUCUUACGGAAGACGCGGUCCGUUUUUCAAGUUGCUUUUUCAAGGAACGUCUAAUGGGUGUGUGCAUGUAUGGAAAGUGCCAGAUAGCGAGCAAGCAGACCAGUCUCUGGCGAAGGGCCAAACGAAAGCAACCGAUCUUAUUACAUCAGAGGCAACAGUAUUAACUGAAGGAAUAAGAAUGACUGUUAUGGUGGAUGAACAAUGGACGAUGAAGUUAAUACCGUACAUGGCCAAAAUGAGCCUCAAGGAACUUUGGAAGGAAUCCAACCCAGUUGGUCUUAUCGAUGGCAUAGCUGGUGAUGGCGAGAAAGCAGUAUCAAUAACAUCAAGUUUGUAUCUAUCAUCACAAGGCCUCAUAGUCUGCGGUAGAAAAAAUGGCUCCAUUGUUGUGAUCAAUGCUAUUAAAGCUGCUUUGAACCAACUACUGCAGGCUAACAACACUACGAAAACGGAUUGUUUCCCGCUUAAUGUUCUAAAGGGACACGUCGGAAAAGUCACCUGUUUAUUGUAUCCAAACGAGGAGAAUCCUCGAUAUGACAUAACUCACCUCGUUUCCGGAGGAGCUGAUUUCACAGUUCGAUUGUGGGACGUUUUUAAUGGCACUUUGCUGCACACUUUUAAUUCGCAUGGGGGCGAAGUUGUGAAGCUUAUGGUCACGCCACCUGACUGCACGGCUCGCUUUUUGUCAUGCAUCUGUUCUGUGGCUCAAGAUCAUUCAGUCACACUUCUUGGAAUUCGAGAGCGGAAGACCUUGCUGUUGGCUAGUCGGCACACUUUUCCUGUUGAAACAAUCAGAUGGCGGGCAAAAGAUGACUUCAUGGUUGUUGGCUGCGCAGAUGGAACCGUCUAUGUGUGGCAGAUGGAAACAGGACAUCUUGAUAGAUGUGUAGCUGGUUCAGUUGCUUACGACAUUCUCGAAUCAUGUUGCGAGGAAACCUCUAACCCAACUGCUGCAGUCAGGGAAUAUCGUCAUAAAUUUCGCCUUCAAUCAUCCCUCACUGCUAUGACACAGCAACUGCCACUUGAAUUCACUACUCCAGCAAUCGUUAAGAAAGUAAAAAAGAAGAUUACAAACAUCCAGCACCAUGUGGCUGGUUUGCAGAAGACUCCGUCGCCACAACAAGAAUCGCGCCAGAUAUCGUCGACUUCGCAGAUACCACCCAUCCGAGUUUGUGCGCUUCGCAGCAGCAAAAAUGACUCAGACAUCCAUGUGAUGCUGCUUGACCCCGAGGCUUUGAUCUGCCAGCUUCUAGCUGAAGACGCAGAGGCCGCAAGUGCUCAUGGGAAACCUGUCAACCCAAAGCGCCAUCCUUCCCGCGGAAUGUCGCAGAUUUCAAAUUCUGAUCAAAAGAAACCUUCGAAGACUGUAAUGAGUGCCCAGUUGCAAAGAGAAAUCUCUCAUGAGAUGGCUCAGUUACUUUUGUCUUGUAUUCACGCUUGGGAUAUUGAUGAGAACCUUGACAAAACCUGCAUUGCAAAACUUGGAAUGCUACGACCAAUUAACCCAAUUUCAUUCGGUUUGCUGACCCGCGGGAGGCUUUCCCUCAUGCUGCCUAACUGGCACAUCAACGGGCAGGAGGGGUACCAAACAUAUGAAAGCGAUGAAACGCAAUCAGAAGCAUUUUUGGACGCGGACCCAACUGCAGCUCAAAAGCUUUUGUUUAAUGCUCAUUGGCAGCUCUCGUCAUCACUUACCACCCAGCAUCUGGUCGGUAUUGUUUCCAUAACAAACACUUUGAUGAGCAUGAAUCACAUUUCAUUUGUCAAUCAAGCCAGGAGUCUGGCAGGUGACGUCACAGAUGAUUAUGGAACUGAGUACAGUCAUUUGAGCCAACACCGCGCCGAAGAGAAGGCUGGGUGGAGUCUGGUGGCAGCUUUGCAUUGCUGUUUGUUACCUGAGAUGAUGCGUGGUCUUAUGUACAGACCACCGUUGCUGCAUAUAUUGGCAAGGCGCUGGCAAGAUAGAUGCCUCGAGAUACGCGAAGCUGCCCAAGCAAUUUUACUAGCCGAGUUGCGAAGAAUUGGAACCAAAGGAAGAAGACAACUGAUUGAAGCCUGGUCGCCGCAUCUACCGCAAGAUAUUGACAGCACUGAUUUUGGUUUUGAAGAUCUGGAGCAAUAUUUGAACAAUGAAGAAGAAAAACCUACAGUUAUUUCAGCUGAAGAGGAUAAAACAGAUGUUGCCAUGGUAAUGCUUACGACAAAAAAGAUGGUUUCAAGCGAUUUAAGAUUACGUCAUGCGACAGCCAUCGUAAUGCUUAGUGUAAUUGGGGCUGAAUUUCAAAAAGAGGUUGACCCUUUAACGGCUCCAAAAGAUCAAAGAGGACAAGUCUUAAAAGAAGGCACCAUGGAGAUCACGACACUGCGCAACACUGCGAAGGCAUUGACCUCUCUUCUCUUACAAAGACCAACAUCAAAAGCUCCUGCGUAUAGUGCAAUAAGAAGAGCCGCGAUAGAUUUGAUUGGGCGUGGCUUUGCAUUAUGGGAACCGCACAUAGAUGUGUCGCAAGUUCUGAUUGGGUUGCUAGAUCUGUGUGCAAAUGCUUCGUUGAUGGGACAGGAGUAUGAGUACGGGAACAGCAUUCUAUCUGCACCGGCUGAUUUGCACCGAUCGGCAAGACAUUCUCUUUCACUGAUAGCCACUGCGAAGCCGGCUACAUUCAUCACAACAUUGGCAAAAGAGGUUGCCCGCCACGUGGCGAACGCUUCUUCAAUAUCUUUCAAUCAGACAUCGCCGGCUGCCAUAGCCGUUUAUUCUCAUGUACGUCAUCAGCCAACGGCUGCCGCUCCAGACGCCCAGAAUUCAAAUAUAAUUCACUCAGCAAGAAAUGAAAUACUUCGCACUAUUGAACUGAUGAUUGAAAAAAGUCAACAAGAAGUUGUCCAUUUGAUUGUUGAGGUUGCAGACAUUGUUGUGCAUUGCUUGGAUCAUAAGCUUAUCAAGGAGAAGGGAUUGAAUGAAGUUUUUCCCGCAAUUUGCAGAUACAAUAUGGUAUCCUACUGCAACAACACGCGCCGUCUGGCUGUUGGGUCUCGUAUAGGCCAUAUCGCUUUAUACGAACUUCGGUCGUCAAGAUGCCAACUAAUUCCAGCUCACUCAACGGCUGUGAGUGCUUUAGCGUUCUCUCCAGAGGGAAAGGUCCUUGCCUCAUUCUCAUUUGGCGACGCAAAAAUCAGCUUCUGGCAAACAAGUUCCAGUUUACUGGGGAUGUUGAGUUCAACGGUAAAAUGUGUGCAGUCAUACAAGACUCCAGAGCUCAAAAACUGUAGCACAUCUGCAAUAAAACAGUUAAGACUGGUAUGGAUUAAUCACAAAAAUGUUGUCAUUCUAACAGGGGAUAAAAACCAAUAUAAGUUUUCAAUCUAAUUUAGUAAGAAUCUAUUUGGUCUCUACUUGCAAUGGUCCAGCUUGCAAUGGUCCAGCUUGCAAUGGCCCCAUUGCAUCACAUGUUAAUUUGUGGCACUAGUAGAGUACCAAGUGAUGAUGUCACAAAAAUAUACUGUUAGAUUUUUCAAUUUUGAUCCAAAAACCUGAAAGAGCAUUAUGAAAUACCUCUAAAGCCU